CUCUGCUGUUUCCAAUACCCAUCUCACACUCACAGACCACAUGUGAAAUAAACAUGUGAUACCAUUACUAUUUGUGUAGUUUAGUUCCCAAAACCCCAUCAAUCAGUUUCACUUUUCUCUCUCUUUUUCUUCCCUGAUAUUAUUUUCAUUUCUGUAUUUAAACAACACCCACAUCAUUUUCAGUGAUCAGCACCAUAAAAAUCACACCUUUUUGUUUAUCUGAGCAUAUUCCCAGUUCUCUCUCAUUUAGCCCAUCUCUACAUUUCGGGAAAAAUAGUAUCUUGAUAAGCUUGUGUCAAGAAAGUUAUGGAGGCUACUAAAAAAGCCAACGGUGCUCCUAAGAAAAUCCCAGCUGUUGCUAAUCCACUAGCUGAAAAGCCACUGGAUAUUGCAUCCAAUAUCAAUUAUCAUGCUCAAUAUAGUCCUCAUUUUUCUCCUUUCAAGUUUGAGCCAGAACAAGCCUAUUAUGCAGCUGCUGAGAGUGUUCGAGAUCGUCUCGUGCAGCAAUGGAAUGAGACCUAUCUGCAUUACCACAAAGUUGACCCUAAGCAGACCUACUAUCUGUCUAUGGAGUUUCUCCAAGGUCGAGCUUUGACCAAUGCAAUCGGAAAUUUGGACAUUCAAGAUGCAUAUGCUGAUGCUUUAAACAAACUUGGUCAUGAACUUGAAGAAAUUGUUGAACAGGAAAAAGAUGCAGCACUCGGAAAUGGUGGUCUAGGAAGACUUGCAUCUUGUUUUCUUGACUCCAUGGCAACACUAAGUUUGCCAGCAUGGGGAUAUGGUUUAAGGUACAGGUAUGGGCUUUUCAAACAGCGGAUCACAAAAGCAGGUCAGGAAGAAACUGCUGAAGACUGGCUAGAGAAGUUUAGCCCUUGGGAAGUCGUCAGGCAUGAUGUAGUCUUCCCUGUUCGAUUCUUUGGUCAUGUCGAAGUUCAGCCUGAUGGAUCCCGGAACUGGGCGGGUGGAGAAGUUUUACAAGCUUUAGCAUAUGAUGUGCCAAUUCCUGGAUACAAAACAAAGAACACCAACAGUCUUCGUCUUUGGGAAGCAAAAGCAAUUUCUGAAGACUUUAAUCUGUUUCAAUUUAAUGAUGGACAGUACGAAGCUGCUGCACAACUCCAUUCUAAAGCUCAGCAGAUCUGUGAUGUUUUAUACCCUGGCGAUGCUACAGAAAAUGGGAAGCUUCUACGCUUGAAGCAACAAUAUUUUUUGUGCAGUGCAUCACUUCAGGACAUAAUUUUCAGAUUCAAGGAGAGAAAAGAUGGAUCUCUGCGACCAUGGUCGGAGUUCCCUAGCAAGGUUGCUGUGCAACUCAAUGAUACACACCCAACUCUUGCAAUACCUGAGCUUAUGAGAAUAUUAAUGGAUGAGGAAGGACUUGGGUGGGAUGAGGCAUGGGAUGUAACAACAAAGACAAUUGCUUACACAAAUCACACUGUCCUACCUGAAGCUUUAGAGAAAUGGUCACAAAUUGUAAUGUCUAAGCUUCUUCCACGUCAUAUGGAAAUUAUAGAAGAAAUCGACAAAAGGUUUAUAGCAAUGAUACAGUCGAAACGUCCUGAACUUGAGAGCAAAAUCUCUGGGAUGCGCAUAUUGGAUCAUAAUCCUAAAAAACCAGUUGUGCGGAUGGCUAAUCUCUGUGUGGUGUCAGCACACACGGUGAAUGGUGUUGCCCAGUUACACAGUGAUAUUUUAAAGAACGAGUUAUUUGCAGACUAUGUUUCAGUAUGGCCUACCAAGUUCCAGAACAAGACAAAUGGCAUAACGCCUCGUCGCUGGUUACGAUUCUGUAGUCCUGAGCUAAGUCAGCUGAUUACCAAAUGGUUGAAAACUGACCAAUGGGUGACAAAUCUUGACCUACUCACGGAUCUUCGAAAAUUUGCUGAUAAUGCAGACCUUCAUGCUGAAUGGGAAUCAGCCAAGAUGGCUAACAAGCAGCGACUAGCUCGGUACAUAUUGCGAGUCACAGGUGUGAGCAUCGACCCCAAUAGCCUUUUUGACAUACAGGUCAAGCGUAUCCAUGAGUACAAAAGGCAGCUGUUAAACAUUUUAGGAGUGGUAUACAGAUACAAGAAACUAAAGGAAAUGAGCCCUGAAGAACGGAAAAAUACCACAUCACGCACCAUCAUGAUUGGGGGCAAAGCAUUUGCGACAUACACCAAUGCUAAAAGAAUAGUCAAGCUGGUGGAUGAUGUUGGUGCUGUUGUCAAUAGUGACACCGAAGUUAAUUCUUACCUAAAGGUUGUCUUUGUUCCUAAUUACAACGUUUCCGUCGCGGAAAUGCUUAUUCCGGGGAGUGAACUAUCACAACAUAUUAGCACAGCAGGAAUGGAAGCAAGUGGGACAAGCAAUAUGAAAUUUGCACUAAAUGGUUGUCUCAUAAUAGGAACGUUGGACGGGGCAAAUGUGGAAAUCAGAGAAGAAGUUGGGGAGGAGAAUUUCUUCCUCUUCGGUGCAACUGCAGAUGAAGUUCCACGACUACGUCAAGAGAGAGAAAAUGGACUGUUUAAACCAGAUGCUAGAUUUGAAGAAGCCAAAGAGUUUAUAAGGUCUGGAGCAUUUGGAAGCUAUGACUACAAUCCACUCCUUGAUUCGCUAGAGGGCAACUCUGGAUAUGGCCGUGGUGAUUAUUUCCUAGUUGGUUAUGAUUUUCCCAGCUACAUCGAUGCGCAGACAAAAGUGGAUGAAGCUUACAAGGACAGGAAAAGAUGGACAAAGAUGUCCAUAUUAAGCACAGCUGGGAGUGGAAAGUUCAGCAGUGAUAGAACCAUCGGUCAAUAUGCUAAAGAAAUCUGGAAUAUAGAGCAGUGCAUUGUACCAUAGAAAUGGUGACCAACUUGGGCUCGUAAAACUCAAACUCCCAGAGACUUGAUGAAUAAACAUGAGAAAGUGCCAAAUCAUGGGUGGAGUGAACGUGCUCAGUGAUAGAAGCCAUGCAUUUACGAAUAAAUAAGAUAGUCCUCUUUUUUAUGCAGUUGUAUCAUGAAAGGAAUUCCUCCUCUACAUUACCAAAUUGUACUCAAAGAUAUAUGUUCCGUUACCAAAUUAUUGCAUCUUUAUACUUGUA